UUGAGUAUAUCUGCCUUGGAUAUGCUAAUAUCCCCAACUUCAUAUUCUUCAACAAGCUCCUCAACGGCCUCACCAAGAAGUGGUCAACCUUUAUCAGAGAUCGCAUGGACUAUGCAGCAAAGAAUGAUAAUGUCACAUCACUAGAAGAUGGUUUCCUUGAUCUCUGCAGAGAUAUACUACUCCGCCUGCCGUUGGAUGACAAAAAUGCCAGAGAUGACACAAAGAAUGCCAAAGACACCAUCAAGAAGGAUAAGGAUAAUAAGAAGAACAACAAGAAGUGCACCCACUGCAAGCAGGAUGGCCAUGAAGAGCCUUACUGCUGGUUCACACACCCUGAAAAGCGUCCUGUUGAUUGGAAGGAUAGAACAAAGAAUAAUAAUGAAAGCUCAGCGCCUACAUACACCACUGUUGAGCAUGUCUACUAA